CGCCAUCAAGCUGAUCAGCCAGGUGCAAGUGGGCGUGGCAGAGGAGAAGCAGUCGUCGGGGGAUGAGUUCAAGGACAGCGGAGACGACAAAUCUUCCGAUGGUGACGACCUGGGUGACGGCGAUCUAGAGGAAGUGGAGUCGGAGGGAGACCUAGAUGAGGGUGACGAGGGGGAGAAAUCCGAUGAUCAGACGAUGUCGUCUAGAAGAUCGAGCUGGCUGAGGAAGCAGAGGAGGUGGCGCAUGUUCCAGUACGGGGAGAUGUUGUGGAAGACCAAGAGACGCCUGGCGCUGCUGCGCAACUUUUACCUGGACAUGGACGGCAGAGAUGACGUGUUCCCCGAGCUGAGGCCAGAUGUAGGUCACUGGGGGAGGCCUCUGUCGCACUGCAUCCCCCACCUUGAAUCCCUGCCGCACAGCCGCGAGACCGAGUCAUCCGCCGAGGAAGCCGGCUUGUCUGGCGAAGUGUCAGCCCCUGACCGUACAACAGCUGCCGCCACUGAGGGUUCGAACCCUCUUCCUGCGAUAUACAAGCCAAAGCCUGUUCUGACUCUGAUGCCAAAUACCUCUGCAGGGCCGUGUCUGUGUGUAGCUUGGCAGAAUGCUGGGGAUCUCCGAUAUAUCUUGUCCAGCUAUGGCACGGGCGGCGUGUUUCUCUGGGACCUUGAGUCUGCGUCCCCCCUGGUGAGAGUGGACCGAUCCAGCCUCCUGCCCGUGCGCUGCUUCAAGGAGAGCAGCCUGGGGGUGGUGGGCUGUGUGUGGAGCGCCCGCUGCCCGUACCUAUUCGUCACCGCGUCCUUGAGCAUGGCCGUCUCCAUCUGGGAUAUUCGCAAACCACAAGUGCCCCUGUCCUCCUCCACAACACGAAACGCUGAGACGACCUACGCGCGUGCCGUGUGCAGUACGGGGCCCAUCCGUGCUGCCUUCCUGUCCACGGCCGACAGAAUCAUCGGGAAGGAGAACUGCCCACUGUCCAUCACCGGCCUGACCCCGUCCUUCAUGAGAAUUCCCUCCCUUCGCCUGUGUCUCGCCAGGCACUUUGACUGCAUCUGGGACGUGAGUUUUUGCCCACGCUACGAGGUGGCGCUGUCGUGUGACGCAGCGGGGAACCUCAUGGUCACUGUACCGCCGUUGACCCGCUUUCUGACUCGCUCCAAACUGAUGCACAUGAUGUAUCUCAAGAUUGUGCCCACUGCUCUGGUCUACAAGGCUCGGCUGAAGGCACAACAGACGUCGGAACAUCGUCGGGAGGCUGCGGCGAGCACAUCGGCCACUGACGGAGAGUCUCAAGAGGCGGAACAGGACCCAGGGGGUGACGUCGCAGAACGCACACUGCACUUCCGGAACAUUCCCGUGACCAACUCCUUCAAGUUUCCAACUGACCGCAGGUCAGAUCUCACCCUGAACGACACGGAACCUUUGGGAGAGAAUAUUCAGGCUGUCCACAGGGCUCGGCUCAACCCGAACCGGUCGUCGUGUCUGUGGGCUGUGAGCGGCGGCCAAGCGGGUCUGCUGCGCCUGGACAACCUGUUUGGGCUGGUCAGUCCACGCUGCAGGGACGUACGCGACCUUCUCAACUGAUUAAGGUCGUAGCGUGUUGAGACGUACGCGACCUUCUCAACUGAUUAAGGUCGUAGCGUGUUGAGACGUACGCGACCUUCUCAACUGACUAAGGUCGUAGCAUGUAUGGACGUACGCGACCUUCUCAACUGACUAAGGUCAUGGAAUGUAUGGACGUACGCGACCUUCUCAACUGACUAAGGUCGUAGCAUGUAUGGACGUACGUGACCUUCUCAACUGACUAAGGUCGUAGCAUGUAUGGACGUACGCGACCUUCUCAACUGAUUAAGGUCGUAGCAUGUAUGGACGUACGAGACCUUCUCAACUGACUAAGGUCGUAGCAUGUAUGGACGUACGCGACCUUCUCAACUGACUAAGGUCGUAGCGUGCAGGGACAUACGCGACCUUCUCAACUGAUUAAGGUCGUAGCGUGUUGAGACGUAUGGGACCUUGUCGCCUGAUGAUUACAGUCUUAGUGUUGCCAGGACGUACACGACCUUCUCACCUGAUUACGGUGUCAACGUGCAGGGACGUAUGGGAUCUUCUUACAUGAUGAUUACAGUCUUAGCGCUGCCAGGACGUAUGGGACCUUCUUACAUGAUGAUUACAGUCUUAGCGCUGCCAGGACGUAUGGGAUCAUCUUACAUGAUGAUUAGUCUUAGCACUGCCAGGACGUAUGGGACCUUCUUACAUGAUGAUUACAGUCUUAGCGCUGCCAGGACGUAUGGGAUCAUCUUACAUGAUGAUUACAGUCUUAGCGCUGCCAGGACGUAUGGGACCUUCUUACAUGAUGAUUACAGUCUUAGCGCUGCCAGGACAUAUGGGAUCAUCUUACAUGAUGAUUACAGUCUUAGCGCUGCCAGGACGUAUGGGAUCAUCUUACAUGAUGAUUAGUCUUAGCACUGCCAGGACGUAUGGGACCUUCUUACAUGAUGAUUACAGUCUUAGCGCUGCCAGGAUGUGCGGGACCUUCUCGCAUGAUUACGGUGUCAGCGUACCGAGACUUUCGGGACCUCAACAGAAUACGGACUAAGUGGACUGCCAAGUACUCUUAUAGAAUCAGAGCCCUCCCUUUAAAAAAAAAUUUUUUUUUUUUUUUUAAAGAUUUUUUUUCCCUAUGGAAGGACCCUGAUUGAUUUGCGUAAGAUCCGAUUUUUAUCUUGAAUUCCGUAUCUCUAUCAGUCGUUAUCUAAUUUAUCAUAAAUAGUGUGGAAAUGCACAGGUUUAUUUGCAAAAUUGUAAAUUUGUGCAACUUCUCGUAAAUGGCGUGAGAACACACAUUUUUGUUUCCAGGUUGUUGGUUUUUUUUCUUAACUUCGAUUUUUAGUGAAGAUUCUGAAAAAAACUUCUAUUUUUAGUCGUGGAGGGAUUUGCAGAUCUGGGUCCGUGAGCAGAUGGUUGGUGGGUGCCACUUGUAGGUCCUACUUCUUUUCUCUCCCUCUGUUGUUUCUGUCCAUCUGUCUUUAUCUUCCCUGCAUUAUCUGACCUUUAUUGUGUCCAUGUGCUUCUUUUUAGGGGAUUACAGUCGGCUGAAGAUGAAAUAUGUCCGUGCUGUGUAUGUGUGAAAGUAUGCUUGUGUGUAUGAGUGUUUGUAUGUUUGUGUAUGUGUAUGAGUGUUUGUAUGUUUGUGUAUGUGAAUGAGUGUUUGU